AUGGGAGGGCAGGGCUCGCACAAAGACCCGCCGGCCCAGGAGCCCCCGGGUUCCCGCAGAACCCCGCGGGGCUUGCGAGCCCGCGCGCUCUCAGCGCAGCUGCACCGAUGCAGCCGGGGCAAGAGGAAAAGAAACAGCAGCCACCUCACAGGAGCGGAAGAACUAGGGGGAGCAGGAGCUGCCUCGGUUUCCCCACUGCAAACAGCCGGCAACGGAAACGACGGAACUCUCCCUGCAAGCACCGCGACCCGGAAGUCAGGGAGCGAGGCCGCGGACCCGCCUUCCCAGGGCCACUGCCCGCCCCGCCCCUCCGGCCUCUUCCGAUUGGCCCGCGCUCCACCUAUUGUUAAUUGUAGAAACCAUAUUUUGGAGUUUAAAGAAAAUAUGCUACACUUAAGAAACAAAACUGAAAAAAAUAGCCAAGAGAUGAUGAAAGUUUUGAAUCGAAUGAAGUAUGAAAUUACAAAGAGAAAAAAUUUGUCAGGAAACUUAGUUGCACAGAAAGCAGACAUAUUAAAUAAAAAUGAAACAGUGUCUAAUACAUUUGAAGACUUAAAGUUCUUUUUUCCUCAUCUAAGGAAAGAAGGUAGAAUUUAUCCUGAUGUAAUCAUUGGCAAAGGGAAAACUGGUGUUUCUUUUGCUCUGGGUAUUUCCACUGUUAACAGAGGAAAUUAUAGUUACCUGAAACAGACACUGACCUCUGUUGUCUCCAGGAUGAUGCUCUCCCAAGAGAAGGAUUCUGUAGUGAUUGUCUUGGUCGCAGAUAGUAAUGAAGAUUAUUUACAUUCUGUUGUUAAAAUGAUUACAAAAAAAUUCAAAAGGCAAGUGAGGUCUGGAUCCUUAGAGGUCAUUUCAAUACCUGCCUUUCUAUACUCAAGCAUGUUAAAUGCCAAGCACUUAGCUGAGGCCUCACAAAAAUUAGCCAGUUGGCGAAUCAAAUAAGUAUUGGAUUUUUGCAUUUUGAUGCCGUAUGCCCAACCCAAGGCCAAGUAUUAUUUACAGAGAAGAAAGGAUCAGCACAAGAACUCCAGCAACUCAAAUGACCAGAGUGUCUUCUGUCCUGCAAAUGACCACACUAGUUCUCUAGCAAAGGCUCUUAAUCAGGCUGAAAUGGCUGAAAUGACAGAAAUAAAAUUCAGGGUAUGGAUAGAAAUGAAGAUCUUCAAGAUUCAGGAGAAUGUUAAUACUUAA